AUGCCAUCUAAAACGGCAAAGAGCUCAACUGCCUCCUCCAAGUCAAAAGGGAAAGGGUCGCAGCCCCGGGAUGACUCCGAAGACGAGCUGGAUGUACCCCCUCCACAGACCAAGUCCAAUGGCCAAGAGGAGGCACCGCCGACAACUGAUGCGUCUCAGGGGGAAGCUGCCGAGGCGGCUGAUAAUCGGAGUUUGGAGGAGAUUCUCGGCAGCAUCCCUCCACCCCCGCCCCCAGCGAUGACCAAUGAACCGGGCGCUCCACGCCUGAUGAUAACGCAUUUAGUUAAUCGCAACUUUAAAUCUUACUCAGGAGAGCAGAUUCUGGGGCCUUUUCACAAGCGCUUUUCCUGCAUCAUUGGUCCAAAUGGGAGUGGGAAGUCCAAUGUGAUAGAUUCAAUGCUCUUUGUGUUUGGAUACAGAGCUCAAAAAAUCAGAUCAAAAAAGCUCUCGGUGCUGAUUCACAGCUCUGAUCAACAUAAGGAUGUGCAAAGCUGUACUGUGGAAGUCCAUUUUCAAAAGAUAAUUGAUAAGGAAGGAGAUGACUACGAAGUCAUCCCCAACAGCAAGUUCUAUGCCAGGACGGCCAACAAAGACAACUCCUCAGCCUAUCAUAUCGGUGACAAAAAAACCACAUUCAAAGAAGUGGGGGUUUUACUCCGAAGCCAUGGCAUUGACCUCGACCACAACAGAUUUCUGAUCUUACAGGGUGAGGUGGAGCAGAUAGCCAUGAUGAAGCCCAAAGGUCAGACGCAGCAUGACGAGGGCAUGCUGGAGUACCUGGAGGACAUCAUCGGGUCCUGCCGCCUCAAGCAGCCCAUCCUGACCCUGGCCCACGGCAUCGAGCUGCUCAAUGAGCAGAGGGGAGAGAAGCUUAACCGAGUGAAGCUGGUGGAAAAGGAGAAGAAUGCGUUGGAGGGAGAAAAGAACAAAGCUGUGGAGUUCCUCACCCUGGAGAACGACAUCUUCAAACACAAGAGUCGGCUCUGCCAGUAUUAUGUCAAUGAUCUGCAGAAGCGUGUUUUGGAUAAAGAUCAGGAGAAGCAGAAGAUCAUGGAGGACACCAAGGAACUCACUGAGAAGAAUGCAAAGAUAUCAGAGGAAAUGGAGAAAAUGAACCAGGAGCUCAAAAAUGUAGAAAAGAAACAAAAUAAGCUGAACAAGUACAUAGAGAAUCGGAAGGAGAAGUUCACCCAGCUGGACCUGCAGGACGUUGAAGUGCGUGAGAAAAUCAAACACUCCAAGAGCAAGAGCAAGAAACUGCAGAAGCAGCUGGAAAAGGACAAAGAAAAGCUGGAGGAAGUGCGCGGGGUGCCUGCCAGCAGUGAAAAGGCCAUCUCUGAGGCAACCGCUCGCAAGGAGGAGAUGGAAAAGCAGAAAGUGAAAGAAGAGAAAAAACUUGAGGAGGUGAUGGAGAGUCUGAAGGAAGAGACCAGCGGCUUGCAACAGGACAAAGAGACCAAAGAGAAGGAGCUGAUGGAGCUCAGCAAGGCUGUGAAUGAGACCCGGUCUCGUAUGGACCUGGCUCAGUCGGAGCUCGCCAUCUACCUGAGCCGCCACAACACGGCGCUGACUCAGCUCAACACGGCCAAGCAGACGCUGCAGACGACCUCUGACACGCUGCGGGAGCGCCGCGCCGCCAUCAAGGACCUGGAAGUGAAAAUCCCUCAGAAAGAACAGGAGCUCAAGAAGGACGGGGAAGCGCUGGAGCAGCUGAUGAAGACGGAUAAUGAGACCAGGGAAGUGGUGAGGGAAAUGAGGCAGAAGGUGGACGAAGCCAAGAGCUCUCUGACCUCCAACCGCAGCCGAGGAAGAGUCCUGGACGCCCUCAUGCAGCAGAAGAAGAGUGGCAAAAUCCCUGGCAUCUUCGGAAGAUUGGGAGACCUGGGAGCCAUAGAGGAGAAGUACGAUGUGGCCAUUUCCUCUAGUUGUGGCGCCCUGGACAACAUCGUGGUGGAUACCAUCGAUACCGCCCAGAAAUGUGUGAUGUUCCUUAAAGAGCAGAACAUCGGCUUUGCAACCUUCAUUGGUCUGGACAAGAUGAAGGUGUGGGAGAGAAACAUGGCUCCCAUCCGCACUCCAGAGGAAACCCCUCGUCUCUUCGACAUGGUGCGUGUGAAGGAGGAGAGUGUGCGGACAGCUUUCUACUUCGCCCUGAGGGACACCCUGGUGGCCCAGGACAUGGAGCAGGCCACCAGGAUGGCCUUCCAGAAGGACAAGCGUUGGAGGGUGGUCACCCUGAAGGGACAGAUCAUCGAGAUGGCUGGAACCAUGACUGGAGGAGGAAGAGCGAUGAAGGGCAGGAUGGGCUCCUCUCUCGGUACCGAGGUCUCUCAGGAGGAGCUUGACCGUAUGGAGAGCCAGCUGACGGAGAAAGUGUCAAAGCUGCAGAACUGCCAGGAGAAAAGGCUGCAGCUGGAGGAGAGCGUGCAGCGGCUGAGGACUCUGCUCCGAGACAUGAAGAACACUCUGGAGAAAUACUCCAACAGCAUGACCAGUCUGGCUGAUCAGGAAACUCACCUGAAGCUUCAGAUGAAGGAGCUGGAGGCCAACGUGCUGGCUGCUGCCCCCGACAAGGCCAGACAGAAACAGCUGGAGAAGAGCCUGGCCGCCUUCAAGAAAGACUUUGACGCAGCGUCCAGUAAGGCUGGGAAGGUGGAGACGGAGGUGAAGCGGCUCCACACCCUCAUCGUAGACAUCAACAGCCACAAGCUGAAGGCGCAGCAGGACAAGCUGGACAAGAUCAACAAGGAGUUAGACGACUGCUCCUCCAUCAUCACCAAGGCUAAGGUGGCCAUAAAGACCGCCGACCGCAACCUGAAGAAGUGUGAGGAGAGCGUGAGCCGGGUGCAGAAGGAGCUGGAGGACAACGACAAGUCCAUGGCAGAGCUCACUGAGCAGCUGAAGAAGCUGGAGGACGAGGCGGGGGACGUGAUGAAGGCCUGCCAGGAGGCCGAGGCGGUGCUCCCCGAGGUGCAGGAGCAGUACCAGGCGGUGGUGAAGGAGAUCAAGGUGCUGCAGCAGCAGGAGCACGCCAUGCAGCAGGAGUCUCUGAGCGUGCGGCUGCAAAUCGAGCAGAUCGACACCACCAUCACCGAGCAGAACAACAAGAUCAAGCACUGGCAGAAAGAGGCCACCAAGCUGUCCCUUCAUACGGUGGAGGGCCAGCCCGCAGAGGAGCUUCCUGUUCUCACCUCGGCUCAACUGGAAGAAAUCCCCAAUCCCAGCGUCAUCAUCAACAAGAUGUUCCCCUUGGAGACCAAGUGUGCUCAAAUAAAGCCGAACCUCGGGGCCAUCGCGGAGUACAAGAAGAAGGAGGAUCUGUACCUGCAGCGCGUGGCUCAGCUGGACCAGAUCACCACGGAGAGGGACCGCUUCAAACACGGCUACGAGGACCUGAGGAAACAGCGCCUCAACGAGUUCAUGACCGGGUUCAACAUCAUCACCAACAAGCUGAAGGAGAACUACCAGAUGCUCACACUGGGUGGCGACGCAGAGCUGGAGCUCGUCGACAGCUUGGACCCCUUCUCUGAGGGGAUCAUGUUCAGUGUGCGUCCUCCAAAGAAGAGCUGGAAGAAGAUCUUUAACCUGUCAGGAGGAGAGAAGACCCUCAGCUCGUUGGCGCUGGUGUUCGCUCUGCACCACUACAAACCCACCCCCCUCUACUUCAUGGACGAGAUCGAUGCUGCGCUCGAUUUCAAGAACGUCUCCAUCGUGGCCUGUUACAUUUAUGAGCAAACAAAGAACGCUCAGUUCAUCAUCAUCUCGCUGAGGAACAACAUGUUCGAGAUCGCUGACCGUCUCAUCGGCAUCUACAAAACUCACAACACCACCAAGAGCGUGGGAAUCAACCCCAAGACCAUCGUGUUCAAAGAGCACGACGCAGUCACGGCCUAACCCUCACGCUUAUUCUCCCUGUUUUACUUUCCUUCUUCCACACCAUGUACAUAUUACAUCUUUUUAACCUUACAAAAUGCUGCUAUUCUUUUUACUAUUUUUUACUCUGAACCAAUAAAUGUUUCCCAAUCGCAGACACUUAUUGUGCAUAAACAUGACUUAGUGGGUAUAUUUUGACCAAGUUGUAUUCUAAGUGUCUUUUAACCCUUCUGUUCACUCAAUGAACUGAUAAACCAUGAAAGAAUGUGUAAAUUGUACACAAUAGUUUUUUGUGAUGAAAAUGUAAUAAAAUCUUUUGACUUGC